CAGACGAAUAGAUUCAAACCUUUCGUUAUCGGUCAGCUUAGUCUUUCACGAGGCGCGUUUUCUGCCUGUUGCUGAUAGUUAUGCUACAUACAAAGUGAAAACAACGAGUACGUGUAUUUCAAGAAAAGAUGGGGAUAUCUUCAAGAAACACCGAAAGUUUUGGUCGACCGUUGAGCUGGUUGGUUUUUCAAUUGAUGUCAUCAUUACUCUUAACGACAAUUUUAAAAUCAUGCGAAACGCAAGGAUUUCUGGACCUCCGUGAAUCUUCCGAGGAAAAUGACGCUUUAAAUUCAAACAGGGUGCCCGCCCUUAGGCCACUCAUGAGCCAACUCUCCAAGUGGGGGCUCCCGAAAGCCACGACAAAAUCCCUUUUGGACAUGCUUGCACCUGUCACGACGCCGGCACCUGUGGCAGAAGAGUGGGAUAGGAUGAGCGAAUUCCUCAUUCUGAUGGACGAACACCCAGAGCGCUACGUCGACAAGACCCUCUUCCUGAGGCGAGCGAUGGAGCCGAGGGUCACAGUCGUCACCCGCCCUCGCGGUUUCGGCAAGACACUCAUGCUCUCCACGCUCGAACACUUCCUCGAUGCUCGACAACCCAACUCAUCGACCGACCUCUUCAAGAACCUCAGCAUCAUGAGGGACGCCGAGUUCGUGCGGAGGCACAAGCAUAAGUAUCCGGUCAUCAGGCUCGACUUCGGAGGCGUCAAGAACGCCACCUUUGCGGAGAACUUCCGGGUCUUGAAGUCUGUUGUUGCCGCAGCGUACCUUCGUCAUAGCGAAAGACUACUGCAACAAGAUGAAGCGGUGAUGGACAGCGCAGCAAAGGAGGUUUACAGGAGUAUAAUGGAGAAACAUGGCGAUGAGAAUUUGUACUUGGGAGCAAUCCAGCGGUUAUGCAAAUUCAUUUAUAAGGCCGAGGGUGUUCGCCCGAUCGUCUUGAUCGACGAGUAUGACACGCCUCUCCUAACGGCCCUCGAUACCGGGCACUAUCAUGCUAUGAUCAAGUUCAUGCGCGGUUUUUACCGUCAAACCCUCGACCCGAGAGAAAACGAUUCUUUCGAGAAAGGUGUUCUCACCGGUGUUACGAACAUCCAUACUAUCGUCCUGGAGCCCUUUCGAGAUGAAGUGAAAGUAUAUUCGAUCUUCGAUGAUGAGUGCUCGAAGUUUUUUGGCUUCACACAGGCAGAGGUGAGACAGCAACAUUCAUAGAAAUUCUCAGAAAUUAUAACAGAAUUUUAUUUGCGGCUUAUCCGUGAUAAUGGAGCUCUUGCAUGCAUUAAGGUGAUUCGAUAGACGCCAUAUUUUGUGUCAUAACUACGUACAACAUAUUGCAUUGAUUGGUUACAUUUUCUCAGCUACUACUCGUCAAUCCUUAAGUUGAUUCGAUGGACGCUAUAUUUUGUG